AUGGAGUUUUUAACCUUUUCUCCAGAAAAUCACUGCUUUUCAGAAUUACUUGACAGCAGCGAUGGUGAUGAAGAGGAAAUACUCAUAUGUGGAGAAGAUUUAGAGCUUAAUCCUUUUGAUGGCUUGCCUUACUCCUCCCGUUAUUAUAAACUUCUGAAAGAGAGAGAAGAGCUUCCAAUAUGGAAAGAGAAAUACACUUUCAUGGAAAGUUUGCUUCAUAAUCAAAUUGUGAUGGUGGCAGGAGAUGCUAAGACUGGCAAGAGCUCCCAGAUCCCUCAGUGGUGUGCCGAGCACUGCCUGUCUGCCCGCUACCAGCACGGCGUGGUGGUGUGCACGCAGGCGCACGGGCAGACGGCGGUGAGGCUGGCCCUGCGCGUGGCUGAUGAGAUGGACGUCAACCUUGGCCAUGAAGUGGGGUAUUUCAUCCCCUUUGAAAGCUGCUGCACGCCAGAAACUAUCCUGAGGUACUGCACAGACGAAAUGCUGCAGAGGGAGAUGAUGUCGGCGCCCCUGCUGAGCUAUUACGGGGUCAUUAUCCUGGACGAUGUGCACGAAAGGACUCUUGCGACGGAUGCGCUGCUUGGCCUUCUCAAAGCUGUGCUGAUGGCCAGGCCAGAGCUCAGGUUGGUGGUCCUCACUGCCCCCCACUCGUGCAGUGCUCUGCAGGAUUACUGUGGCGGCGUUCCCGUGAUCCGGGUGGAAAUGAAGCACCGCGCCGAGGUCGUGUAUUCCUGCUCCACCCACACGGACCCCUUCGGGGCCGCCCUGAGGCUGCUCCUCGAGAUCCACCAUGCCAAGGAGAAGGGGGAUAUCGUGGUCUUCCUGGCGUGUGAGCAGGAAAUUGCGAAAGCUUAUCAAAUGAUCAGACAGGAGCAGCCCAAUUUAAACCCUGACCUUGGCGAGCUCAUCCCCAUCCCUUUAUACCCCACAAAACACGACCCAGUUCCCAGACCAACGCCAGACAAACAGAAAUGCUGCAAAAAAUACAGGAGGAAAGUGCUGCUCACCACCAGCUUUGGAGAGUCUUUGAUUUGGAUUAAAAACGUGACCUUUGUCAUCGAUGUCGGUGUUGAAAGAAGAAAGGUGUACAAUCCUAGAAUCAGAGCAGACUCUGUUCUAACCCAGCCUAUCAGCAAAAGUCAAGCAGAGAUGCAUAAACAAAUUCUGGGCAUGUCUCCAUCAGGAAAACUCUUCUGUUUGUAUCCUGAGGAAUUUGCAGACAAAGAAAUGAAAGCACAUGUCCCAGCCAAAGUGCAGGAAUCCAACCUAACCAGCCUGGUUCUCUUCCUGAAGAGGAUGGACAUUGCUGGCUUUGCACACUGUGACUUCAUAAGCAGCCCAGCUCCCGAAAGCCUGAUGCAGGCUUUGGAAGAUCUGGAUUACUUGGCAGCCCUGGAUAACGAUGGGAACCUUUCUGAAUUUGGAAUUAUUAUGUCAGAAUUUCCCCUGGACCCACAGCUUUCCAAGUCCCUUCUGGCUUCGUGUGAGUUUGAGUGCGUGGACGAGAUGCUGACCAUCGCAGCCAUGGUAACAGCUCCCAAUUGCUUCUUACACCCUCCUCCUGGGACAGAGGAGAUAGCCCUGACCUGCUGGAGAAGGUUCUCCCACCCUGCAGGAGAUCACUUUACCCUUAUCAACAUCUUCAACGCCUUCAAGGAAGCCAGUGCCAGCUCCACAGACCGAGAGUCCAGCAGUGAGCAGUGGUGUCGGGAUUAUUUCCUGAGCUGUCCUGCCCUGAGGAUGGCAGGAGUCAUCAGAGCCGAGCUGGUGGAGAUCAUGAAGCGAAUUGAACUGCCCAUUUCACAGCCAGACUUUGGAUCCAAACAAAAUGCACUAAACAUCAAGAAAGCUCUCCUGUCUGGUUACUUCAUGCAUAUUGCUCGUGAUGUGGAUGGCUCAGGGCACUACUUAAUGUUGACACACAGACAAGUGGCCCAGCUCCAUCCUUUCUCCUCCUAUUACAACUCCAGAAGGAUUCCUGAGUGGGUUUUAUUCCACGAGUUCUGUAUCUCAGAAGGCAAUUCCAUCCGAGUUGUCUCCGAGAUAUCACCCGACCUAUUCGCUGAGCUGGUACCUCAGUAUUAUUUUAGCAAUCUUCCUCCCAGUGAAAGCAAGGAUAUCCUGCAGGAAGUGAUCAAUCACCUGUCACCUGUUUCAACCCCAAAGGAGGAACAGAAAACCACCAAUGACAACAAAGAAAACGAGGAAUUUCCCACUGAGGCUCCCACUGAACAGAGAUGUGUCAUUCAGUGA